ACAAGGCUUUACACUUCGUCUGGUUAAUUUUGUGCGUCUGUGCAAAAGAAUCCAAAUGGCCGUCACUGUUCAGCCCCUGACAGACUGGAACACCGGCCUCUUUGACUGUUGUGACGACGUUAGCACAUGCUGCUAUGGGUUCUGGUGCUGCCCCUGCCUCGCCUGCACCGUCUCAGGGAGAUUUGGAGAGAACCGCUGUCUCCCCUUAUGUGACAUAUGCAGCCCUGCUGUAGUAUCAGCCCUGGGGAUUCCUCUGUGUGCGCCCCCUGCUGCUCUGUCUCUGAGGGCAGCCAUUCGACACAGACACGCCAUCAAGGGUACUCUCUGUAAGGACAUCGCCACCUCCUGUUUCUGCUCAUGGUGCUCCUGGUGUCAGAUGAACCGUGAGCUUAAAUACCGCAAGAAAAACACAGCUGUGGUCGUCAAUGUGCAGCCUCCUCCAGUGAUGAUGGCUCCUGGAAACGCUCCUCCUGCUGGUUUUGUGAACCAGCCAGUCGUUAUGGCUAGAUACUGAGUUAUCUGGCCUCUGAUUGGUCCGCCCUGGGAAGGAAAUAUGAAGAGACAUGGGUGAACUGUAUCUGAUAGUUGGUAUACAUGGUUUGUUAGUUUUUCUUUUUACAUCAAUAAUCUCUUUAUUAAACUGAACUGAUGUUAGUGACUAACAUGUCAAUUCUCUGCACUAUACCAGGUUUACAUGUAUGUUGAAGAAAUGAUCAUUAUGGCUGUCAGUGAUGAAUAAAUGAUACAUACAGCA